AUGCUGGACGCAAAGGCCGUGCUUGAGCAGGAGAAGAAGAAGACCCUUGAGCCUACGCCAAGCCAGUUGGUGAUUCCCCCAGUGCCGAAGAGGGGCACUUUGGGUAGGACAGUCAGAUUGAAGAGUGGUCGCAUAGCUGCAGAGGACGAGGUCACUGACAAGAACCCGACGAGGGCCAAGGAAGCAUUGUUGGGGAAGUAUCGCAUUUCCACGGUGAGGAACGCCGGAGGAGGAACAGAUUAUGUGCAGAUGGUCAUGAAGGAGUUGACACGGAAGCUGGAGCAGAAGGCACCGCCAGUGAAGCGGGCGCCCCGCUGGCUGGGUUGCUUUGUGGCGCCGAUGGAAACAUUGGUCGUGGACACCAAGGUGCCCCUCGAGAUCAGGAUCUGCGCAUGGUUCAAGUUGAUUAAGCUAUGGGCCUCAAUGAGGUUUGACGAUGCAGCACACCUGAAGACGUCGGAGAUUCGCUUCUAUGACGGCCAGUUGACAGGGAUGAUGCAUCAGUCGAAAACAACACGGGCAGGCAAGCGCGUCAGGGAACUCCCCAUCUACAUCGCCAAGGAGGCCUAUGUGCUGCAGGAGGACUGGUUGUCGAUUGGCUUCGAUUUGGUGAAGCUGCAGAUGCCGAGAGAUAGGACCUUCGUCUUCCCGGAGGGAUGUUUUUAUGGGACUGUCUACGGCACCAGCCAUGUGACCUAUGCAGAAGCUGUAGUGGAUUGGGCUCACCACGGAUUACAAGACGUACUCCAUGGGCCUUUCAGAGAGGAGGACGGCAUGGGUCGUAUCCUGGGUGAACUCACUUCGGGAGAGAAAGGAGGUCUCAUAUCGGGAAUUUGCAGCUGGACUUGGAAGGCUAGGGUUCGCUGCCUUGGCCUUGCCCUGAGAGCGACCUUUCCUUGGCCCGCUCUACGCAUGGGCCUCAGCCAUCCAGGCGAACAAGGGCACAACGACGAUACCCUGGUCAGUCCUCUUCAUACUGGGGUGGAUUGCACGGCGACAGAUGAUGCAGCUUGGAUUGGAGGUUGGCUGCAGGAGAGUGACAAUAGCAAAGAGUGCCGAUGGUUCUCACUACGGGUCACGGAGAGGCUGGCGCCCUGGCUUCUCUACCGUGGGAAGAACCCGAAGAGAGUGAUAGCUGCAUUGGAGUUGCUUGCAACCUUGAUCGCGUUGAGACUUUGGCUGACGAGGGCAGGAGACUCUGCGGAGGUGCAUGCAGAGGCCUUCACGGACAACAAGGGCAACGCGUUCAUCUUGCGCAAAGGCCUAUCCACCAAAUACCCAGUGACGCUACUGGUCAUUGAGGUGGCAGAAACUCUCAGGAGGCUGGAUACAUUUGCUACCCUCACCUGGGUGAGGCGGGAUGGAAAUGUCUUGGCAGAUGCCUUGACGAAUGAAGACUUCGGUGCAUUUGAUCCCAGGUACCGAGAGGCCAUUGAUGACAAGAAUCUGCAAUGGUACGUCUUGGAUGACCUGCUCCAAGGUAGUGAGGAGCUUUUCAACGAGAUAAAGGUGCACAAGCAGAAGAAGAGAGAGACCAACAAGACUUUGGGCCGAGCAAAGAAGAAGGCCGCGAAGUUUUUCAGCCGGUGGAAAUCCUGA